AGUAUGGCGACGACGUAGGCAACUUAUCCAGUAGUAAAUGUCGAACGACAAGUAUGUCAAAGUAGUAGAACCGUGCUCCCAAGCUAGCAUCGACAUCGCUGUGCAAACCACUUUCGGUGGAAAUAAAGUGCACAUUUGUAGAGUUAUGGCAGCCCCCUAGUUUUGGUGCGUAAACUUGUCUAUACCCAUCACAUUGACUAGAGGCUCUGCCCUUACUAUUUUUGCACUCACACUGCCAUCUAGUGGGCAUUUUAACUAACUUAAAUGUAUACCUUUUUCGAAAUGUGAAUAUGAUAUAGCAUAGGCCUACAAACGUAAUCAUUUUUUCAGUAACUUACAAAAUAGCCUACAGUUGUUGAUAAUGUCACUGCCAAUUUAUAUUAGCCGAUUUCUUAACCUUAAUUCAAUCAAGAUUGGUGGAGUGUUGAAAGGUUUUCUCUCUUGCAAUAAUCGUUAUUUGGUUUCCCCUCAGAAAAAAAUGAAGUGGUAGCACCCAAUUUCAAACGUGUACAGACGUCAAAAACGGCCGUUUUCAAAACGUUUGUACACGUCCAUUUUUGACGUCUGUACACGAACGAGAGUUCAGACGUUUUGGCACAAUCGGCCUUCGAUAAUAUAUACACCCCACCCCUAAGACGGCGUGUGCCCAACGCGCUGCAAGUCAGCUCUACCACAUGCGCUUAAAUAAAUGCACCUUGCCCAAUAUUAUGACCUAAAGUCAUAGGUAGUGAUUUAUUAUUUAGGACUACGUGACAAAAUAAUUUGCCCAACCGAUUAACUGAAGCGUUCAAUCACCUAUGUGAUACUCACAGUACUGGGCUGGCACAAAGUUUUUCUCUUGAACUUUUUGACCAUUUUGCCAAUCGAAUAGGCCUACUUUAAAUGUUUAAACGUUGUAAAAGAUAUGAGAUGACGAAUCAGCUGCGAACUUUGUACUUUUGUUUUAUGGUUUUGCCACUGAUACGAAGACGCCCAGUGCACUGACCAUUUCAUUUGGAUGUCCAAUGCGCCAUUAACGCACUCCAACGUGUGUGAAGGAACAUGCUAGAAUAUUAGUCUUUGCUAUUAAUGGCUCUGAUCUUUUAACUGCUAAAGUGUGUAGCAUUCUACAGUCAGUCAUGUCUAGGUAUCACAAAGCGGCGAUUGAUGGCUACUUGGACCUCUUGAAAGAGGCCACAAGGAAAGACCUCAACACUCCGGACGAAGAUGGAAUGACGCCAACGUUAUGGGCUGCUUUUCAUGGACAUAUUGAUGCCCUCCAACUCAUAUGUAGUAGAGGAGGGGAUCCUAACAGGAGUGACAUCUGGGGCAACACUCCUUUGCACCAUGCUGCCACCAAUGGCCACAUGCACAUCCUCAGCUUCCUGGUUAACUUUGGUGCAAAUCUCUUCUCCUUGGACAAUGAUUUCCACACGGCCAUGGACGUGGCUGCAUCACGUGACCGCAUGGACUGCGUGCGCUUCCUGGACUUAGCUGCCUCACAGCAGACCAGCCAGAAUGCCAAGAAAGUGGCCCGACUGAAGCAGGAGGCCACCAAAGAGGCUGAGAGACGGGUGAAAGUGUGCGAGAAGGUCAAGAAGAGGCACCAGAGCAAGAUGGAUAAGAUGUACCGUGGAGUGGGCAGUGGAGGGUCUGUCUCUGAAGCCGGCGUAGCUUCAUUCUCCAACACGGGAACCAUUAACAGUGUCAACGAGCAGUUCUCCAAGCUCAUUGCUGCAGACACCUCAGGGUCCCUCACAGCCAGAGUAAAGGGGACCCUCCAACGGAAGUUUGGUAAGAAAGAGAAAGGGGGAACAGAGAGGGCGGGAGGAGACAGGAACGUAAUCUUUGUCAAACAGGAGAACGGUACUGCAGGGAAGCCAGAGUUCAUGGGUGUCUUCAGCGAGCAGGACGAGAUUGAGGCAAAUGAUGACACAAGAGAAAGUAUGGAAGGCUUUGAAGAUGAUAAUGUUGAAGAUGGAGACUGGUCUACCCAAACCAAGGAGUCUAUCUUUAAACGUCCAGGUCUAGGCAACAUGGUCUUCAGGAAAAACUUCUCCAUGGAAAUGGGGUUGGAACCAGACGACUUCCCUAGCAGAGACACAGAGGACCUGGGCUACCUCAUCCGCAAGGAGGUGUUUGAAUCGGAAGUAGUUGACAGCAGUUUGGGGGAUGAUGCUGAAAAUGCCGAUCUGCCCUGGAACCAGGAGGAACUGGGUUUGGAUGAUGAGGAGGAUGAGGACACUUCUCCUCUAGAUGCCUUUCUGUCUGCCCUUUCCCUGCCCGAAUUUGCCCCUGCAUUCACCAGGGAGCAGCUAGACCUGGAGGCCCUCAUGCUCUGCACUGAUGAGGACCUCAAGGGCAUCCGCAUCCAGCUGGGACCCAGGAAGAAGAUUCUGGAAGCUGCUACUCGAAGGAAGAAUGCUCUGCAGAAGCCUGGCAUCAUGAAGGACAGCUUCCUGUAAUGAGAGAGGGGGGGCCUCACUUACAUUGUGCCUAUGCUUGUGAAAUGAAAAGUUAAAAGUUUAUUUAAUACAGAGAUAAUAUAGUAUACCGUUUCUUUGGUGUUUGGGAAUGCUCACUCGCCAAGUGUGAUUAAAUGGUUCUCACUUCAGUUAUCAGCUGAAUAAGUGAAAGUCAAGUAAUACUGACAGUUUUUUUUAUUGAACAACUUGCUCCUAAGGCUCUGAGGAUAUACACAAUUACUGAUAUGAGCACUGAAAAAGAUGCUUUCCUAUUAACUACUUUCGCUAAUCUUUCCUAAAUAUUUGACUUUCAUAAUAAGAUUUCAUAAUUGACAUUCAUAAGAAAAAAUAUUUUGUGCCAGCUGUAUUAUGUUGAUUUGUAUUGUAUGUCCUAUUUUCAUCACAACCAAAAUUAAAUGUUUCAUAUUUUCAAUCGAAAUAUAGUGUAGUUCAUUUGCAGCAGUGAGGUUCAUACUUUUAGAAUUAAGUCUGCAAAACAUGAAAAAUAGGCUUGUAAUAUUGAUUUGUCCAUUUCGGAUGUAAGAAGCAGAUGAUGGGGAAAUACGUGGAUUCCGUUGUUUUGUUUCAUUUUGGAAUUACGGAAUAUCCAUAUAACACAAACGGUAUAACGAGCCAUUUACUCAUUUGUUUGAUCGGCUGUAUUAUGCACACUGGCACAAGCAGGGGCGCCGCAAAAAGUAAUAUAAAAUUAUAUUAUAUAAACCAUCAUCAAGUAUAUAAUACAUUUAAAGUAUAAUAAUACAAUGAAUGAUCUCUUUGUUUUCACUUGUGUUUGGCAAUAAAGGUUAAAUAUCCCUAUUGACCAAAAAGUAAACAUCCAUAUUGACCGACCAUCCCCCUGUAUCUGCAUGAAAUGGUUUGAUCCUGCCUUAGCGCACUUAUCGGUGACGGUGUUUAGUUGCAGUCAGUAGAUGCGCUAGUCGCUAGAAUGUCGGGCCGUAAACACAAAUCAGGGUUUCGGAAAAGAUCAGAAAAAAAGAGAGAAUAGACAAAAGAAAGGGUUUCAAUCAGUAACCCAGUUUUACCAAGAAAGGUGGGUAGCCAAUCUGUGAGUGGUAUUAACCUGUUGGUUUAAUGUCCAUAUAAGCUAGGCUAUCUAGCUACCCAGCAAACAAGGGACGUCCUGGGGACGUCAUUU